AUGAAAAACAAUCCUAACAUCAAUAAAUCUGAAGCAAAUGCAACUUAGGUCAUCUAAAUUCAGAAUCAGGAAUCUGAAUUUGAGGAUUAUGACGAGGAUAAUUCCUCAGAGGGUGAGAAGGAAGUGGGAUAAGAGUAAAAUUUCUAACUUGCAGCACAGAUUAAACCUUAGAAGACGAGACCUAAAAUUGAGGAAUGUUAUGCAGGAGAUUAAUUCAGUUAUGGAAAUAAUAUGAUUGAUGAAAUCAACCUGGACAGUGAGAUCAACCAGCAGACUGAUCUUAAUAAAGAGAUGAAAAAAAAGGAGAAUGAACUUUUGAUGCCUCUAAUUUAAUCAGGAGUAUCGCUGUCACCAGACAUGAAAUUCGGAUGGAAACCAAAAGAUGAGAUAAGUGGAGCACCUAUUCCUCUAUACUACGAAUUCGAACAAUUUUCUAUACCUAUUAAUCCAAUUACUAAUGAAGAGUAUGAUCCUUUAUAUCUUGGUCCAAGAUAUAAACACUCUCUGGCCAUACAUAAGCUAUUUGCUAAUCAGACAAAUUUAUCAGGAAUGAAUCCUAGUAUUGUAAGCCCAACUCCAGAGUUGCUAUUUGACUCAAAUUUUGAAUCAGGCAAUCUAGAUAUGGUUAUAAAAAUAAAAGAUCUAGAAUAUGAUAUGUAUAUGAGAGUAGACACAAACACCCGUGGACAUCAUUAGUGGUUCUAUUUCUCAGUUCAAUACAACGAGUUUUUCUACAACCAAAAAGUGAAGUUUAACUUCGUGAAUUUUACUAAAAAGCAUUCACUCUAUACAUAAGGCAUGCGCAUAUGCAUUAGUAGAAGAUCUCACGAUUACAAAUGGGAAAAAGGAGGAGAUGAUAUAAUAUACUAGAAUUCCAGAGUUGUAAGAAGAUCAAAUCAAGAGAAAGCAAAAGUCCGUUACUAUAAUAUGAUGAGUUUUGUAUAUCAUUUUACAGAAAGAUAAGACAAGAUUUAUUUCAGCUAUGCUUACCCUUAUACUUUCAGUAAGUUAUAGGACUUUUUAAACGAUUAGAGAGUGCUUGCAAAGCUUAAUAACUUUGACUAUUUUAAAGAUGCAACCUUAUGCAAAUCUCUAGGUGGUGUUGAUGUUCCUUUAUUAACAAUAAGUAGUAGAAUUUUAAGUGAUCCUAAGGAAUUCCAACUAAUUAAGCUAUCAGAAUUUGAUAGUCCGUACAGUAGAAUUUCUUUACCAUUUUAUUAGAAGAAGAAAAUAAUUAUGAUAUGCGCCAGGGUACAUCCUGGUGAAUCAAAUUCCUCUUAUAUGAUGCAAGGUUUAAUACGUUAUUUAUUAGGAAAUUCACUACAGUCUCAAGAACUUAGAAAGAGAUGUGUUUUUAAAAUUAUCCCAAUGAUAAAUCCAGAUGGUGUAAUUGUUGGAAACUAUAGAACAUCAAUAUCAGGAAAUGACUUAAACAGAAAAUAUCAUAGUCCAGAUGAAAAGUUGCAUCCAUCUGUUUGCGCUAUAAAGUCGCUCAUUUCUGGUAUUGUAAAUAGAGAGCAAAAAGGUGAAGAAGAGCAGCUUGAGCCACAAGAUGAUGAGGUAUUUGCUUUCAUUGAUAUGCAUGGACAUUCUAGAAAGAAAAAUGUAUUUAUUUAUGGGCCCUACUUUCCAUUACACUCUGAAAAAUAUCUAAAAAUGAGAAUUAUACCUAAGCUAUUAUCAGAGGAGACUACUAAGUUUAGAUAUUUUUCUUGCAAGUUUAGAAUCGAAAAAUCAAAAGAAAAAGCAGCUAGAAUAGUUUUAUGGAGGGAAUUCAACAUCAUGAAUUGCUUUACAUUCGAGGCAUCAUUCCAUGGAUUCCUCAAUGAUGAUAGAAUUACUGAAGAAUUUAACUAAGAUACUUAUGAAUCAAUGGGGGAGCACUUAGUCAAUUCGUUGUAUGAAUACAUGCUAAUACUUGAGGAGGAAGAUCGUUAGAAAAAAUUGAAGGAAAUUAAUAAGAAAAAGAAAAAAAAGAAGCAGGCAGGGGAGGAAAAAUCUAAAAAGAAAAAAACUAAAGAUUCUAAUAAUCAGGUCAGCAAAAAAACUAGCCCAAGAGUAAUCUAAAGCAAUGCAUAAGAUGCAACAGAAGUUCAUGAUGCUUAAAAUCCAAAUGAGCCUCCUUAGAAUAAUAACAUAAGUGAUAAUAUUGUCUAGUAAAAUCAAACUCCCUUGAUGAUAAGUCUAGGAGGUAUAAGAAGGAGUGGAGUGUCUGGAGGGAUAAGAUCUCUUAAAUAAAUUUUCAAAGAACUGAAAAAAGAAGAAAAGAAGAGGCAAUAAUUAUAGGAUGAAGAAUAGAAGUUUAUUGAUGAGGAUGCAGAAAACGAACAAGCUCUUUCUGGGAGUGAUUCCGAUCCUUAAGACGAUGAAUUAACAGGAAUAGAGUAGAAUUACCUCUUUGAGGAUAUUAAGGGGGCUAUAAAUCAAUUCAACGACUAUUAUAAUACCGAGAAAAAGAAUGUUAAAAUUAAGAAAAAUAGAUAGCCUUUCAGUGGCCAAACUAAAGCACCUUUUGUUAUAUUAAAGGAUAAUAACAAUUCUCAGCUUUAAAAGAAGUUGACUAAUAAAGAGAAGAUGAAUGAAUAGGAAAAGAACAAUUUAAAUCUUAUGAAGAAAAAGAGGAAAUCCUAAAAUCUAUCAGAAGAUAUUAAGAAGGUCACAUAGCAAUCACACAUUUAGAAAUCGAGACUUUUGUAAUAGAAUGUUGUUGCUCAAAAUAUCAAUAAAUCAGCUAUUCCAAUUUACUCAAAAUAAUAAAUGAUGAACUCAGGUUUCUAUAUUAUAUAGGGAAAGUCAGCUAAUAACUAUAACUCCAUGAAUGAUAAUCCUUUAAUUAUAAACAAGAUUGUGACAGAUCUGAAAUCACUUGAAUACACAUAGGCUCACUUUAAUGCUAUUAUUAACAAUAAAGGUGGCUUCAAUAAUAAUUAAUAGCAGCCAUAGAAAACUCAAAACCGUAUAUCUCAUUAAUCUUAUUAACUUCUUGAUGAUGCCAAAUAUCUUAACAAUCAAAGUGCCUUAUCACAAAACAAUGCUUCUGAUAUUUACUAUUAAGAUGAUAUUAAUUUCAAGAAAGCUCCAAAGGAUAAUAGAACUGCUCUGGACAAAUCUGCUCUCUUGAGUCAAAACUAUUAGUAGCAGCAGCUGUAGGAUGCCGAAAUUUUGAAGAAAAGAAAGUAGAAAAACAAUACACCAGCAAUUACUAGAAAGUAAGAAGAUAAUAUUACAAGCAACACUGCUAACUAUGUUCUCUCAGGCUUAAGCGAUACAACUAGUGAGAACUUUGGCUUUAAAAGCACCAGUCAACAUAAUACUCAAAGUAAAUUUAACUCGCUGUAUUAGAAGUUUACUUAGGAGAGCUAGGAACAACUUAACUCUAAUAAGGCCAAGAAUUUGUAUAGUAAUUAAUCAAGAGACGAAAAGAAAGGCAUUUUUAUGCACUUAUCAUAGAAUGAAAAUAAUUCCCAAAAUACCUUGAAGAGUGCCAACUUGAGAUCUAAAAAAUCAUCACAUGACUUCAAUCAAACAGGAUUCUCAAAGAAUAUGAAUAAUUUUGAUCUAUAGUCGGUGGAUAUUAACAUGACUUAGAUCAAGAGCAGCAAUCAAAAUUAGAUGCGACUUUAUAUGCAGGACUCAAAUCAUCAAGAGUUAUUGCUUCCUCAAGGAAUCAAUUCUCAGGUAUCUUAAUUUCAGCUUUAUCAAGAGAUGUAACCUCAUCAAAACUUUUAAUAAUAAUCAAUUGGCGCAUCAAACAUAACAAGCAAUCUCUCUAGCAUUCCAAAUUAAUCUUAGUAAUAAUAGCCCAUUCAAAAAGGCUAUCAGUUUCCUUCGACAAGAUCAAAUAAUAUAUUUAGAUUUCAAAAGUAGAAAUAUUACAGUGCCAUUAAGAAAAGAGCAAUUCUAAGUCCUAAAUCUGUUAUAUUUAGUAAUAAUGAUUGCGAAUAUCAAGUAAUAAAUCUUGAAAACAAUCUCAGUUCUGGAAAUAAUACAACAAGCAAAAAGAAUAAAAGAAACAGCGCCAGUCAUAAUAAAGAGCCUUAAAAUCAAAAUACAACAAUUAAUACAAUAGAUGAUUUAGCAUGCCACAAUCUGAAUAAAACCAACUUUAGUAGUAAUUUAAGCUAAAUAUACAAUCAGCAAAUCUAAGUUGAAGAUGAUUCUUCUACUGCAGGAGCUGAAAUUAUAAGAGAGCCUAAGGAUGUAAGAAAGAGUAGUAGAGUUGUUAAGCGGUCAUAGCAAGGGUAAACUAACAACAAUCCUAUUCACAAAAACGAAAGAAAUGAGCAACUUUUGAGUGAACAUUAUAUGCAAGCAUCUGCUCCGAAGUCAAAUGGAACAACUACACAUGAACAAGAAACUAAACGAAUUGGCAGAAAGAAAAGACAUCACAUUGUGAGUCAUGAUUUGUCAGUGAAUGCAAAUGAACAAGCCAACUAGUCUGCUCCCUUAAAUAAAGUCAAAUUCUAGGGCUUAGAGAGGUAACCCCCUCAACCUGUUCAUGACUACGACUGGUUUAAUUCUAAAAUUGAGGAAUUCAAACCACUUAAUACGCUCAAAGAAAAAUCGACUAUAGAAUGGUUUAGAAAAAGAAAAUCUUAUGAUACAUAGGAGAGUUAUUUGCAUUCAGGCGAGGAAUUAAGACAAAAGUAGCAUGUCUAGAGAGUAGUAAAAGAGCUGGAAAAAUUGAAAGAAUAGGGCACCAAUACCUAAGUCAAAGGACAAUUAAGAGUUAUCAUGAAUCACACUUUCAAUGAUAGAUUUGCUUUGAGAUAAAUAGAUGCAAAGUAAUUUAAAAGGCAGGGUUCCAAUAAGGAAUUAAGAACUAUAGAUAGUUAAAAAUCAACACUUAAUCCAUUUAAAAGCAAUUAUAGUCAACAUGUCUCACCCAUCAAAGAUCAUUUAAUAAAAUGUCUUGAGGCAACUAAAAAAUCAGUAGAAAUAGAUUACUCAGCACUUAUGUCAAGCAGGUUAAUUGAUUCAAAGGUACACAAGCACUAGAGAAGAACAAUUCAUAGGAAACUUAAGUUUCCAAGGAAUGAAAUUGAGGCUAAGAGAUGUAUUACUUAGUUUGUUUAGUUGUUUAAAAAAGAUUGCUAGCCUGCCCUUGAGGAAUCAAAUGAGUUCUUUCAAAUGAAGAAGAUUCAGUUGAAGUCAACUCUUGCCAAAGAAACUAAUCCUUUCAACUACAAAAAGAAAAGGCAACUCAGCGAUGACCUCUCUUAAAAUUUUGGAUCUCAUAAUGUAUUUGGGGGUAUCAAUAAGGUGACAAGCUCGUAUGAUACAAAAUAAAAAGGCAAACUUCUUCAAGAUAUCCCAAGAGAAGGUAGAAUUUUGUUACAAUAGAAAUUAGAACGAGAUCAAAUAUUUGGAAAAAAUAGAAAAAAUUAUUAAAGAUGCCAAGGACAGUGUGGUGGAAAAGACAAAAAGAGAAAGCGUAGACUAUCAUUAUUAGCAAUCAUGAUUUGA